UUUUGGUUCCAGGGGUGCUUGGAAUUAUGGAUUCCGUUGGCUGUCCCUUGAGCAUUUUCUUCUGCACUUGCAGCCUUGUUUUCUGUCCCACAUACUCGGGUCUCGUGGUCCCCGAAGAUGGUGGAUGGCAAUUGGUGACUAUGGUCUGCCGCGGAGCGCUGGAUUGGGUUACUGCUCGUGUAGAUGCAUGCUGCUCGACACUGGCCGAUGUUUCAUCACUGGCUCUGCGAGUUGCGGGCUUCUCUGAUAGACUAUCACGCGAGCUAUGAUGCCCGUUCUGGUAUUGCCUUUGUGUUACUCAAAGUGCAAGCCGAUGUCUGCAGAUACUCGAUUUCCUUUCCUCUCUUAUCAGGUUAUCUCCCCCCCCUUGGCAUUUCCUACGCUGCCUCCUGAUAUAGCAUAGGUCGUGCAACUCGGCAUAGGGUAGCUGCCAGACUCGAUGCCUAUGCUGUCCCAAUAGACUUUGAGUUGUCUCAAAAGAUCGGUUUGAAACACGGGUAGUGUAGGUAUGUAUGGUGGUCGGUACAGGCCUGCCAUGGAAACAGGGCGGAAGGUGAGUGCUCAACGUCCCAGGUUUGCUGCUGGGGGGGUGUUGAACCCCGCAUGCAAAGGCCGUAGCCUUGUUCACAUCCCUCGCUUGACCAUUAUUGG